GAUCCUUAAACACAGAUAAUUUCAUUCUCUCUCUUUCUUAUGCCGAAAAGAUUUUCAAUUUCUAAUUCUCUUGAUUCUUAUACAGAAAAGGUUUCAGCUUUCUUUGUAAUUUCUUCUCCAAUCCGGGAAAUCUAUUGAGAAGCUCAAAUAUUUGGUCAAAUCUUAUGUUACCCAGGUGAGUAUCUAUCUCUAUGAUUCGAAUCUGAACUGCUCAGGAUUCUAUGUCUCGAUUGGUCAAUUAUUGAAGCAUGAUUGCCAAAUCGGUAAUUGGGUUUCUGAUUAAAGACACUAAUUUCACACGAUUGGGUCUAAUUUUGAGAUAUCCCAAGUAAAAAGUAUAUCUUGAUGAUGAUGAUGAUGGGUUCUAAUUCUAAUUCUAAAAAGAAAACGAUAACAAAGCAGUUGACUAGGAAAAAGGAUGAUACCCCUUUACAUUCAGCAGCAAGAGAAGGGAAUUUACAAGCUGUUGUUCAAAUUCUAUCUGAUUCAUGUGAAUCUGAUGAGUUCUUAUCAAUGAAGAAUCAAUCUGGUGAAACUGUUCUAUAUGUUGCAGCAGAAUCUGGUCAUGUUGAUCUAGUCACUGAAUUGAUCAAGUAUUAUGAUGCUUCCACCGCUGGUGUUAAAGCUAGAAAUGGUUACGAUCCCUUUCAUAUUGCAGCGAAACAGGGAGAUUUGGGUAUUGUGAAAGUUUUAAUGGAUGCUUUUCCUGAACUUUCAUUGACAUCUGAUCAAUUGAAUACGACAGCUUUGCAUACUGCGGCGGCUCAAGGUCAUGUUGAGAUUGUGAAUUUUCUUUUGGAAAAGAAUAGCGGAUUGGCUACUAUUGCUAAGAGUAAUUCGAAAACUGCUUUACAUUCUUCUGCUAGAAAUGGUCAUUUGGAUGUUGUUAAAGCACUUUUGAGAAAUGAACCAGGAAUGGCGACUAGAGUUGAUAAGAAAGGACAAACAGCUCUUCAUAUGGCGGUCAAAGGUUUGAAUGAUGAACUUGUUGAUGUACUUUUAAGUUCGGAUUGUUCUUUGUUGCAAAUGGUUGAUGGAAAAGGAAACAUUCCUCUUCAUAUUGCAGCUAGAAAGGGUCGGAAUCUGAUUGUUAGAUCGUUACUUAAACAUGAAUCUGGGGUGGAGAAUCGAAACAUCAUCAACAAAUCGGGAGAAACAGCUCUCGACACAGCGCAGAAAGUUGGGAAUUCAGAGAUAGCAAAAAUUCUAAUAGAGAACGGAGUUCAACACGCAAACUCACUCAAACCGAAUCCAACCAUAACACCAAGAGCUCGAGAGCUGAAACAAACGGUUAGCGAUAUCAAACACGAGGUUCACGACCAGCUCGAACACACUCGCCAGACGAGAAGACGUGUUCACGGCAUUGCCCGACGUCUAAACAAGAUGCACGAGGAAGGACUAAACAACGCGAUCAAUUCCACCACUGUCGUAGCUGUUCUGAUAGCCACUGUCGCAUUCGCAGCCAUUUUCUCGGUCCCGGGGCAAUAUGAGGAUGACCCGAGAUCCGUUCCUAAAGGAUACUCGGUCGGGGAAGCACGAAUCGGACAGAGGGUCCCGUUUACAAUUUUCUUCAUAUUCGAUUCGUUCGCGCUCUUCAUAUCUCUGGCGGUUGUGGUUGUUCAGACUUCUGUUGUGGCGGUUGAGAGGAAGGCUAAGAAACAAAUGAUGUUUUUUAUUAACAAGUUAAUGUGGUUAGCUUGCGCUUUUAUAUCGGUUGCUUAUCUUUCUCUUUGUUAUGUGGUGGUUGGAGACAAUGAGAAGUGGUUUGCGGUGGUAGUUAUGGUUGUUGGGACGGUUAUUAUGUUGGUUACUUUUGGGACAAUGAGUUAUUGGGUAAUUAGGCAUAGAAUUGAUGCUUCUAACUUGAGGAAUGUUCGAAGAUCGUCGAGAAAUAGUAGCAGGUUACAAUCGUGGUCGGCGUCUGUUAUGUCUGAUUCCGAAAUUCUUAACAAAGUGUAUGCGAUUUGAUAUGAGGAAUUGGUUUGAAGAAGGGAUGACAAUACAAGUAAUACUAUAAGAUUAUGUUAAAUGUAAGUAAAUGGCAGCUUAUGUAU